UCAGCAAUAUGAAAAUUAAGUCAGUUUUUCUUUUGUUGUUGAUUUCCUUCUCUAUAACACAAAUUAAUGCUGUAUGUUCAUUAUUCAUAUUGGCACAAUGUUCAGUGAAGCAAACAGAUCCAAAUAUAUUUUAUUCCCCUGAAAAUUAACUUUUCUUUUGUUUUUUUUAUUUCAUGUAAUAAUAUAUGUAAGUACAGUGUGUGUGUGUGUGUGUGUGUGUGUGUAUACACAGUAUUUGUGUUUAAGCAAAACAGUAAAUGCAUUUGGCCAGAUUAAUGUUUACAUUUCAUCACAGCAAGACAUGUAAUCCAAAAUAUGUAUCUAGGGAAAGACUACUUUUAAAAAAUUAAAAAAAAGAUUGGUUGUACAUGGUGUGAAUGUCACUGAGCAGGUGCACUAUUACAGACGGUUUCAUGUGACUGCACCUGCGCUUGCCCUACCUGUUUGACCUGACUGCAGCUCACCUGUAGCCACGCCCACCUUCCCUCAGAUACAACACAUUUGAUAGCGGAACUGGCUGGCGAAAUAACAGGGCUAGUUCCUUGUACAAACAAGUGAACUGUCCACCAUACACAGUAGGGUUUGAUUUCCGUUUAUUACAGUUUUCUUUUUCAACUUUAGGCCAGCCGUUCUAAUCCUGUUGGGACUGGUUGUGCUCUUGACUCAUGCAGCACUAGUCUAAGUCUUAGAAAGAGGAGAUAUUUUCAGGUGUGAGAUUAUGGGGUCUGAAGAGGCCUAUAACUUUGUUUUCAAAGUGGUUUUGAUUGGUGAAUCUGGCGUAGGCAAGAGCAACAUGCUGUCACGUUUCACUAAGAAUGAAUUUAAUCAUGACAGCCGCACGACCAUCGGAGUGGAGUUCAGCACAAGAACUGUGCAGCUGAACAGUCUCACCAUCAAAGCUCAGAUCUGGGACACUGCCGGACUGGAGCGGUAUCGGGCCAUCACCUCAGCAUAUUAUCGAGGAGCGGUUGGAGCUCUACUAGUCUAUGACAUUUCAAAGCAUUUGACCUAUGAAAGUGCUGAGCGUUGGCUGAAGGAACUCUAUGAUCAUGCAGAUCCUCAUAUAGUAGUGAUGCUCGUGGGCAACAAAACAGACUUGGCAGCAGUACGGACCGUUCCAAAAGAGGAUGCAAUGGACUUUGCAGAGAAAAAUGGUCUUCUGUUCAUGGAAACUUCAGCUUUGGAGUCAACAAAUGUUGAGGCAGCAUUCAACACUGUCCUUACAGAAAUCCAUAAAAAAGUGAGCAGCAAAGAGGUGACACGAGGGUCCAUCAAUGCUGUGACAUUGUCCCAAACCAAAGCGACAGCAGCUGAUGCACAAGAGGACAAAAGGACCUGUUGUAAGAAUAUGUGAUGCAGCAUUCAAGAUGGAAGGACAUUUCGGAGUCCUGUUUUGAAUUCAGCGUGAUUGAAAGAACGUGCAUGAUAAAACGUGAAAGAAAAACAAAACCAUUUCAUUGAAUGGUGUAGCCACAUUUGUAUUCAUAAAUAUAAUAUUAUAAUUAAAAGGAAUUUUUAUAUGCUUGUAAGUUUUACUUAAUCUUACUGUAUUUUCCCCAUGUUCCCUAAUUUCUUUCCAAAGUAAAUAUAUUUUUUGCUUCUGUUGACAUGGCAAACUUUCCAAAUUAUAUUUUAUUUGUUAUUAUUGUAAUGGACUUAUAAAGAUCAAUUUAUACUGACAAAGAAUUUUUUUUAAUUAUUUUAUUUAGUUGGUAAGAUGAGGGGAAAUUUUUCCAUUCACACAAUUUGUUUUAAAGUUGAUUUAUUGAACAUGUAAUGAGAUAACUGAGUAUAAAGGAUACAACACAGUCAUUAAAAAUAAAAUAAUAUUUUGUGUUUAUUUUGAAACUUAUCAUAAAUUAAAAUUUGUCUUAAGAUGGUAUUUAUAUUUUCAGCUUUAGCGUGUCAAUAGGAAAUAUACAUUUUAAACUUCCAAACAUUUAUUUUGCAAAUAGGAUAGAAUAGAAGAACAGGGAGCCCUGCAACAGAUGGCAUUUUCCCCACAGAGCCCCCCACUGAACAUUGAGUCAGUCUGGGAUUACAAGUAGAGACAGAAGCAAUUGAGACAGCCAACUAGAUAAAAUAACUGUGGCAAAUUCUCCAAGAAGCUUGGAACAUCCUAUCUGCCAACAAACAAGAAAAAUCUUUAUCCAGGUGUACUUUGGAGAAUUGGUGCUGUUUUGAAGGCAAAGUUGGUCACACCAAAUAUUGAUUUCGCUUUUUUUUUUUUUUUAUAAUUAUUUUUUU